CAAAAUCUAGGGUUUCUCUUGUCAUCAGAGUGCCGCUCCUCUGUUCAGCUUCGAUCACCCUAUCCUCCGUAGAUCUCUCUCUUCUCAGACUAGCUUCCUACGCUCUGACUGGGUCUCUCUCAAUCGUUGUUGCCUUCGCAUCCAUGUCCGACUCCUCGACCAUCGACGUAUGUCAGGAUGCCCUGCUCUCUCUCUCUCUCUCUCUCUCUCUCUCUCUCUCUCGGAUAGCUUGCGUUCAGGUGGGAUCCCUAGUGAUUUCAUUGUUGUUCACCAACCCCAACCCCAAGCCGACAUGCAAGAGAAACUACAAGCGCCCAUUGCCCACUUUGACCUCGAGAACGAGAAUGAUAGCUACAUAAAUGCUGCAUUCCGUUCAUCCAAGGAAAGCCAAGCCUAUCUAUUCAUGGGGAACGAGUAUGUGGUGUUUGACUAUUCUCAAGGCCCCUCACGAGCCGAAGUGGUGGAGGGACCCCUACCCAUCUGCAAAGGGUUUCCAUUCCUUAGGUUCACAUUCUUUGUAGAGUAUGAAUUAGACGUAGCUUUUGGAUAUGGUGAGAAUGAAGCGAUCUUCUUCUUAGGAGAUGAAUGUGUGAAGAUUAACUAUAGUUCAAACCCGAGUCAUGACAUUAAACAAAUCACUGAGAUGUUCCAUUUCUUGCAAUGUACUCUGUUCGAAAGCGACAUAGACGCUGCACUUGAAUCUUGGAAAAGUAAUGAAGCUUUCCUCUUCAAAGACGACCAGUGUGUUUGUAUAAACUAUAGUUUUGAUAACUGCGGCCUUGUCGGCACCAUCUGUCCGAUCGCUGAAUUCUUUCCUAUUUUGAAAGAUACCUUUUUUGAUAGUGGAAUUCAGGUGGUGUUUGCUAAGAGCAUAACUAAUUGUCUUAUUCAAAAAAGAUCGCUGGGCAUGGAUCAAAUUUGGUUCCCUCACCAGACGCUUUGA